UUGACAAUUGACAGAAAAGCUUGUUUUUAUUGAAAAUAUAGCAGUUUAAAGUCACAUUUUGUAAUCCAAAGAUUUUCAUAUUUAUCAGCAAAAAUGACUAACAUGGUGCAUUGCCAGCUGUGGAUGGGCAGUUUGGAGCCCUACAUGACAGAAACAUUCAUACUAUCAGCAUUUCGUAAAAUGGGAGAAAAUCCUUUAAACGUUAAAGUGAUGAGGAACAAGUUCACAGGCGAACCUGCUGGUUACUGCUUUGUACAUUUUGCUACUGAUGAAGAAGCAAUAGAUGCAAUGCAUAAGCUCAAUUCAAAGCCUAUUCCCGGCACCUCGCCUAUGGUCAGAUUCAGAUUGAAUAAUGCCAGCAAUACUGGACGUUCACUAGUUGACAGAGAAUUUUCCGUGUGGGUAGGAGAUCUGAGUCCCGAUGUUGACGAUUACAAUUUGUACAGGGUCUUCUCCUCUAAAUACAACACAAUCAAAACUGCCAAAGUUAUUCUGGAUAAUAGUGGGUUUAGUAAGGGUUACGGGUUCGUGAGAUUCGGUAGUGAGGAAGAGAUGAAAGACAGCCUGGUUUCGAUGAACGGUUACAUCGGAUUAGGCACGAAAGCUUUGAAGAUUUGUAACGCCGUACCAAAACCGAAAGGUGCUCUUACGACUGGCUCGACGACGGGCACUGCGACUACUCAGUCUUCUAACGGCACAGACUACAGCCAGUACUAUGACCCUUCGACUUACUGGCAGAAUUACGCUUCUUGGCAAACGCAAGGCUAUUACGAUCAGUCCGACAGUACCGGUCAUAUAGAGAGCGUUCACGCGAUGAGCGUGAUGGACGUGAAGAAAGAUGGAGAUGAUUUGGAUCUGAUCGAUCAUUCGAUACCGUUAGACGUGGACAAGAUGAACAGGGAGAAAAUCGACCAAGACUGCAACUUAUGGGACGCUUUGGAGAGUUCUAAGUGGCUGCCUUGUGAAAUGUUGGAAGUCUCAUGACGUUAACGCUUCGUUACUGUGUGUUUUGAUUAAUUCUUAGUGUUUUUUCCAAUUACAGUUAGAUGUAUGUGUAACGAAAGUUAAAUUAUAUCAUUUUUUUUAAUAAAUGUCAGUCGUCAAUCUCGU